AAAGCCGAGAUAUCGCUGGCACAGUAGAGUAGUUAGAGUGCUCCAAGUAAGAGAGCGGCUUCCGGCGGACACGAUGCUCUUUUGGGGAAAGACGAGGGCUGCCGGUGUCCGGAGCGGCUACUUGUAUAUAGCACUGGCGAGGGAAAAAAAAGACGACCAAAGGACGACAACAAAGGGUUCAAAGACACUCUCGGACAAACAUGUCUUUUUCCCCACGCCGGGUGAAAAGUCGUACGAUUUUCUCGCAACUAGUAAUAUUAGAACCCUCGCAACGCACACUAGCGGCUGGAGGUUGUUCAUCUGGGCCGCUCCAUUUAGAUUCCGUGUCUCGGAAUGGCGAUGGCCACGGAUCAGUGUAUGUACCCCAUAUUUCCAUUGGUAAUUAAUCAGUAGAGCGUGCUCUAGUGGUGUAGCACGCUAUGGCGAUCUCACAUCUUGCAACUCCGCGCGUGUAGUGGUGGCGGUAGGUAGCCGACCAUCUGGAUGAAUCCUCGCGACACACCCGCAUUAUUGCCGGUUCUUUCCCUCCGACAAUGCUGAAACUGAAUCAUUCAUCACUCGCAAAAGCUGUUGAUUGGUACCAUCUCGGAAGAGCCCACGAGUUACAAGGGGAAGGGAAACACCAGCAGUGCAAUCAAUACCUACAUGUAUAGAUAGACGGCAUUGCCACGUUCUGGCCCUUUUGUGAAAGGAUUAAGCUGCACAGGGUGCUCCGUACACGCCUGUCAGUAUCCUUCCUAGUGAGAUGCUCGAU